AUGCUGAGCGGGUUGUGUGCCCGUGUGCUGAGCGUGCUGUGUGCCCGCGUGCGAGCGUGCCGUGUGCUGUGUUGCAGCUGCGAGCCUGCCAAGCGCGAUGCGGAGCGCGAGCGCCGCCUUCGCGGCUGGAUGCCGAACUGUUGCUGUGUGUUGAGCGUGUUGUGUGCUGUGUGCUGUAUGCUGAGCGUGUUGUGUGCUGAGCGUGUUGUGUGCUGUGUGCUGUGUGCUGAGCGUGUUAUGUGCCGCGUGCUGAGCGUGCCGUGUGCUGGGUUGCAGCGCGAGGCCCUGCAGCGCGAUGCGGAGCGCGAGCGCCGCCUGCGGCUGGAUGCCGAGCUGCGCCUUCGCGACUGCUCCGCGGAGGCCGAGCGCUGCCGGGGGCGCCUCUCCUCGCUGCAGCGCGAGGUCCACAGGUAUCAUGAUGGAUUCUUCGUGGAGAGAGGACCUGCGUUUGGGAGCUCUGCGGAAGAGCCAAAUGGGCUGCUGCGUGGCGCUCUGCGCCUGGGCGGCGCCCCUGCCACUCCUCCGCGCCGCAUCCGAUCUCAGGCUGUGGUUUCUUGA